AUGUCUCGACAUUCCUCAUCCAACAUGCAACAAUUCCAUUCCGAUGCCAUCCUUCGAUCCGCCAUUAACGAAUCUGAUGUCGGCAUCGAUCUUGAGGAUACCCACAUUCUCCAUUAUUAUUGUUCCGAAGGAGAUACGUAUGGCACCAUUAUUGAGAGAAGCAACUUUCGUUCUCUCUACGAUCCUGAUUCCAUUGGUUGGUGUGGUUACUCUUGUUUGGCAUUCGCCAUCGGGCUUUCUCCUGCCAUGGCCGAUCGCUUGGGAUCCGCCCAACGAUGGCGCUUGCUCAUAAAUCUGCGGGAUCAUCGCCCGCAAUGGCCGACAUUCCUGGGUGACCAGGAAUACGAUCUGCUGUGGACGCAAAUCUCCCUGGUGCCGAAUGAAUCUUCCGACUGGUGGUUUUCAAACAGUUUGGCAUGGGUGUGUGUCCACUCGUUCGCGCGCUCGUUUCUGCUCUUCGACACCCAGCAGAAUGUUCCUUGCCUCUUCCGCCGUCCGGCUGAUCCGCUCAUCGCCAUCAAUGUCCGUACAAACUACAUCAUCGCUGUCCAGUUCAGGUCUCUGGCAGCUAUUCCCAAUAUCGUACCUGACUUUCAGACAGACCAUUUCCAGCAAUAA